CACAGAUUGAUCAACACAUCACGUGCCUGUCGCUCAAGCGUCUCCAUCACCCACUCACCACAUUCAUCAGAUUAGAUUGACAGUGGCAGGGCAGCCAAGACAGACACCUCACUUACAACGCACCACGAAGACAUACAAACGAAGGCAACUCAUAAGCUGAUUGCUCCGGCCGGUUGUUGGCAACACUGGCAACACUGCCAACACGCACAGAAGAACCUACCUACCCUACCUCCCUGCCUACCCACGCACAUCGCGCACGCUCAUACGAGCAUCUUGGGUGACUCAAUCGGACCACACCACAAGAAUGGCACACAGAGAACCACCCAAUGCCUCGUCUGCUCGACAGGAAGAAAGUGGCUGACAGACGCGGACAUCCACAUACCACGCACUCACAGAGGGUGACGCACCCUCGAUCCCCGCCCACACCCCCCCACAAACACACAUUCGACGCAGGCACUUGAACAAACAUGGGCACACAUCCGUCCGUCUACACGUCAAUUAAUGCUCCCGUCCUUCCCGCCCAACCCCACCCACCCCCCGGCUCAUCUCGCUCUUUGUGUAUCGUCCGCCAUAGGGCCAACUAGGCCCCACAGCGAGUGAUAACCACGGGCGUAUUGGAAGAAGUCACCGGCUGGUUGUUCAGCACCGCCGGCCUGUCCUGCCCUCCAUACGAAGAGGACACCAUCGUGGUGUCCGAUUCGCCAUUAGUCGCGGUCUCCUGGUCGGUCGUGACCGGCUGCUCCAUGGGCGCCGGAGGGGCGGUGGGGGCCGUGGUGGUGAGGACGGCACUCGACGCCUCGCCACCCUCUUGAUCGUCUGCGUUGCCGCCAUCCUCUUCUCCUCCACUGAGGUCGCUUUCCAUUAGCCCCCUCAUGCGCAAGUACAAGGCCGCAGACUCCUCCUCGUCGAAGUGGAGGGUGAUGGCGAAUUGCGGGAUCUUCCAGGUCGUGUACCUGCAGAGGAGAAGCAGACCCGGCCAACAGAGAGAAGCUGGAUGCCAAUCAAGCACGCCGUGUUCAAGGAGACUCGAUGUACCUGCCGCUGAUGGACUUGCGGGCGGCGUCGAAGGUACCCGUCACGUCCACUCGGCGCUCCCCCCACGUGCCCUCGCUUCUCUUUUCCCACGACACCAUCCCAGUAGUCAUGUUGUAGAAGCCUUUAACCUUGAACUCGCCGUCUGCGUCGGCGCCCGCGCCGGUCACAGUGCCGUCAUGCUCGAAUAUGAGCAGACAUUUGGUCGGGAGGGUCACUUUGGUGCCAGAUAUUCGGUUCACGUAGGUGCCGCGCCACAUGCCAGACGAAGGGGGCGAGGCGGUCGGUGUCGGCUGGAUACGCCUCUCUCGGCUGUGGCCCAGCCAAAUGCUCCUGCACUUGUAACCGAUGAUGACGACGAUGAGGAUGCCGAAAAUGAUGCCCAUAACGUAGAGCAUCACUAUCAGCGCGUCAGCAGACCCAUAGCCGCCACCUCCCCUGAACCGGAUUCGCCUCAGUCGGCGGCCCUCGUCCGCAUCAGCAAGAGUCAGCACGGCCGAGAAGAGCACCACAGCGGCCAGAAGCACAGACGAUAGACGACGGGUACGGGAAGAGAAAAGCGAUUUCGCCAUUUCUGGGAUCUUGGACAGAUUCCUUCAGAGGUGAUGCAGAUGAGCUUCUUGGAGCUGCAGCCGCCCACGACAGCUGGGGAGGGGAGGGAGAGAGAGGGGAGAGAAGAGAAGAGAAAAGAGAUGAUG